CCGCCCCGGCCCCAAAGGCACCGACACCGGCACCGGCCGCCGAGCAGGACAUAGACUUUGGCUAUAUUUUUCAUAACUGCGUGAAGCUAGAAAUCUUAACGGAUGCCUGUGCCACCGCCACCACCACCACCACCUCCUCCACCUCCUCCACCGCCUUCUGGAGGGCCCCCUCCACCACCGCCUCUGGCAAGUUCAGAGAUACCAAAAUUGCGAAAGGAAGACCAAAAAGCACGAAAUGCGCUCUUAGCUGAUAUCCAGCAGGGAACUCGCUUAAGAAAAGUGACUCAAAUCAAUGACCGCAGUGCACCACAGAUUGAAAAACCCAAAGGAACUAACAGAGAUGGAGUUAAUCCAGCCGUUAAUAAAGGCGGCUCUCAGCAGCCUCUGGGAGGCUUAUUUGCUGGUGGCUUUCCUGUUCUCAGACCAGCAGGCCAGAGGGACGUGCCAGCUGGGAGGCCUGGGCAGCUUCCUGGAGUCCGAGCCGCAGCUCCCAAGACCUCCGCCCCACCGAACAGCAGCACUGCCAAGGCGAGCAGUAACUCCUCGCAUCCAGCCGAAGGCCCAAGGGCAGCUGUCCCACCAGAGCCUCCCAGCACCUCCCGAGCCGGAGCUGGAGCCGGAGCAGGAGCCGGAGCAGGCCCGGGGCGACCCAGCCUGCCCGCCCCUCCUCCACCGCCUCCUGCUUCCAGCAAACCUUCCCUCACUUUCCCUCCUCCUCCCGCUCUCCCCCCUCCAGCCGAGCGCCCUCCCAAGGGGGUGUCCCCCAGCGCUGCUCCUCCGCCCUUGCUCCCUCCUCUUCAGGCUGACAAACCCACAAAGUUUCAAGCAGGCGCUUCACACGCGCCCCCACCGCCCCCUCCUCCUCCUCCUCCUCCUCCCCCCCUGCCCCUGGUUCCCCCUUGCGGGUUUCCGGGCAGGACAACAGAUGUCUCUGCUGCUGCUUCCUCCCCAUCUGAAGGAAGGGAUUGUCCACCUCCCACACCGCCCCCCCCACCUCCUCCUCCGCCACACACCCACUCCGUGACCUCAAACAGGCUCUCCUUGCCACCCUCCCCAGCCUUUAACAGUGCUGUCAGCAGUGCUGACGUGCCCCCUCCGCUGCCCCCCAAGUCUCCCCACCUGCUGUCGCAGUUCCAUAAGCCCAGCAGUAUUCAGUCGCUGCCGCUUCCUCCCACCCCCGGCCUCCCUCAGCCCGUGGCGGUGGCGGAGACCAGGAAGAAGAGACCCGGCCGAGGCGCAGGAACCGGUGCUGGGAAGCUAGUCACACCUCCACAGCCACCAGCAAGAUCACCAACAACUGAACUUACGAGCAAGUCUGGAGUCUCAGCCUGGGCUACAGCUCAUGACCCCUACCCACCACUUAGAAAUGGAAAUAUGCACAUCAUUGAUGACUUUGAAUCUAAAUUUACUUUUCAUUCUGUGGAAGAUUUCCCCCCACCUGAUGAAUUCAAGCCAUUUCAGAAAAUAUAUCCCAGCAAGAUAGCUAGAGAUCCCUCUAAAAAUCCUCCAUUAAGAACACAUGUGAGAUGAGAAGAGUCUUCUGAUGCUCUCUGGAUUAGUAUUAAAAAAGGAAAACAUCAAGACAAUAUAUAAAACAAAAGGGGUCCCCAUUACAGUGAUAGAAAUUAUAUUUGAAUUGCAAGUGCUGCAAUGUUAACAUUUCUAUAAACUGGAAAAGCGAUGUAAAUGAUACUUUUUGAACUGGCCUGCAUACUAGAGGAAUGUUAGUACAGGCUUUUAAAUUAUUGUAUAUAGGUGGAUAUUUUUUAAGCAAAGCAGCAUAAAAUUUAAAUUCUUUGUAGUUUUGAAACAGUUCUCAUUCUUAUCAUGCUGACAGAUGUUACCUCGGAAUACUUUUUGCAUUACAUGCCUGUAGUUCAUUUUUCCCCUUCCAUCAUAAUUUUUAAGUAUUUGGGAAAUUCUCCAGUUAUUAUUCAGACAUUUUUCAAUGAACUAUCAGAAACUAACGUGCUACCUUUAGUCUCUCUGUAUGUUUCUUCACUUCUUCUAUUCUGCCUAUCCUCAGAUUGCAGCAGAAUGUCACUUUCAUGAACAGAUGGGCCCACAAUCCUUUUCUCAUCAAGCAUGAAGAGGAAAGAGAUGACAAGGAGCUGUGGCUGCUGUUGAGCCUACCUCCUAUUGAUUACAGAUCCUUAUAGGAUAGUGUCUGAAGAAGCCCAGCUGGGUAGGGUGGUCAUGGACUUGACAAAGAAGACAGAACUUUUCCAAACUGGAGGAAAAGAAAGGUGUUCUACUGUA